CUCUCACUACUUCCCGCUUGCUCAGGAGAUCAGUCCGCAUCUAUCUCGAAACCAAAAUAUAAACACGGUUGCGCUGGACAAUAGACGAUGUGUGUGGUGCACCCGUAUUGCCUAUGUUAGCUUUAUUUUAUAGGCGUUCGCCAAUUUCGAUUCAAAGGUAUCUUUACUGAUGAUAUUGGGCAAUAAAAGACUAGUUUUUGCGCGAAAUUUCUAGUUUUAUAUCGCUUCCUUUGCGACAGUGCUGUGUUACACGAUGCCCACCUUCUUCUGGAGUGUUUGUUAAGGUGGAACUGAGAUACUUUUGUUCUUGUUAUUGGAAAGCUUUCUGUCGUGCUUUUUAAUUAUUCUUUUGGAUCCGUGAUGCUAAAAAUCACGACUCAGAUCGGAGGGAUAUCUUUUUUCCUGUGGUUGCUCGUUGGGGACUUGGUUUUGGGCUGGUUGAACGAGAGGCAACGAAGGGAAUCUGCUGGCAGGGUUUCACCUUUCGAUAACCUAGACCAAAGCUGUUUUUGUCAUCUGACAGGUGUCUUGGAUGACUGCUUCUGUGACAUAGAGAGCAUUGACGUCUUCAACAACUUCAAGAUUUACCCAAGGAUUCAAAAACUGACGGAGAGAGACUACUUCAGAUACUACAGAGUGAAUCUGAAGCGCCCAUGCCCCUUCUGGCCGGACGACAGUCACUGUGCCAUCAAGGACUGCCAAGUCGAGCCUUGUCCCGAGAGUAAAGUUCCAGUUGGGAUUAAAGCUGGAAACUACAACAAAUAUUCCCAGGCGGCGAAUGCAAUUAAGGAAAUAGAAGACUGUGAACAGGCACAUGAACUUGGAGCAAUAAAUAGCACACUGAGGUAUGAGACCUCGCCUGAUGCAGAAUACGUCGACCUACGUCUGAACCCUGAGCGUUACACUGGGUACAAGGGCCCGUCCGCAUGGCGGGUGUGGAACAGCAUCUACGAGGAAAACUGCUUCAAGCCUCGAUCCGUGUAUCGUCCCCUUAAUCCACUGGCUCCAAGCAAAGGCGAUGAUGACGGUGAAGGAUUUUACAACUGGCUAGAAGGACUGUGUCUCGAGAAGAGGGUUUUCUACAGAUUGAUCUCAGGACUCCACAGCAGCAUCAACAUUCACCUCUGUGCAAAACACCUUCUAGAUGAGGGCUGGGGUAAGACUGUCUGGGGACCAAAUGUGAAGGAGUUCCACCAUCGGUUCGAUCCUGCCGAAACCAAGGGAGAGGGUCCGAGGAGGCUGAAAAACUUGUACUUCCUGUAUUUAAUCGAGCUGCGGGCGCUGUCCAAAGUUGCACCAUACUUUGAGCGUUCGAUUGUCAACCUGUACACAGGAAACGCCCAGGAAGACACUGAGACAAAGGACCUGUUGUUGCAGAUCCUCAAUGAAACGAAAGCUUUCCCCAUGCACUUUGAUGAGAAGUCCAUGUUUGCAGGAGACAAAAUGGAAGCAAAGACGCUCAAGGUAAGUUUAUUCAGUCCUCGGCAUCGAGAAAUGAAGUCUAGUCACGGAGCAGUCAGAAAGGGCUGUCAGGUGCCAGGCAGCAGUGAGGUUGAGUCGGAGCAUUGAUGGUGUGUUUGCAUCACUCACCUGUUUAAACCCUCUGAACAUUCCCUCCUAAUGCAGCACAAGCAGAGUAUUCAUGUUCAUCAGAAACCUCUGUUGCUGACGGAGUUUAGACGAAAAUAAAAACCAAGAAGGGCACAGAAAUGGUU